AUGGCAAGUUCAGAAAGCGGCAGUCAGUCCAGUAAUAGGACGAUAUCUGUAUCUCCACCCUGGGAACAAUCCGAGAAGAAACCUCCAAUCGAGGAACCCACGGGUUCCAAAGACCACGUCUCGAAUGACCAGCCCGGCACAAAUCCAGGAAGUGUACCCCAGGAGAAGACACAAGAAACCCCCCACACCAGUGUUACACCGUCAGAGAAGUACCCAAAUGGACUGGCUGUACUCACCGUAUUCUUCGGCCUAUUCCUCGCGGCUCUGUGUGUUGGCCUCGACCGAUCAAUAGUAGCGACUGCUGUCCCGAAAAUCACAUCCGACUUCAACUCCCUUCCGGACGUGGGGUGGUAUGGCUCCGCGUACCUCAUGACGACUUGCUGUCUGCAGCUGUUCUUUGGAAAGUUGUACGCGGAGUUUACUAUAAAAUGGGUGUUUCUUGCGGCCUUGGCUAUUUUUGAAGUUGGGUCGGUGGUAUGUGCCGUGGCGCCGGGUUCGACUGUCUUGAUUGUUGGGAGGGCAGUGGCGGGGAUGGGAGCCGCGGGAUUGGUGUCCGGGGCGAUAAUUAUUAUAGCGCGGAGUGUGCCAAUUGAUCAGAGGCCAAAGUAUACUGGUGCUUUAGGCGGUGCAGUUGGAUUGGCACAAGUGGUUUCGCCAACGCUUGGUGGUGUCUUUACGGAUAAACUUACUUGGAGGUGGUGUUUCUGGAUUAACCUCCCCUUGGGUGGCGUAACACUCCUAGCAACCCUUUUCCUCGUCUCUAUCCCCCCAACUCCACGUCCGGACAACACAAAACCCUCAAUUGCAGGUUUCUUGCAACGCUUUGAUCUGAAAGGCACGCUCGUCUUGAUCCCCUGGGUAAUAUGUCUUCUUCUCGCUGUGCAGUGGGGAGGAACGCAAUAUGCAUGGACCUCGUGGCGCAUUAUUCUCCUCUUCGUCUUGUUUGGCGUAUUAUUCCUCGUAUGGCUGUGGCUACAAGUUCGCAGUGGAGACAAGGCUACCGUUCCCAUGAGGAUCAUUAAGCAGCGGUCGAUGGCGUCUGCUACGGUAUUCAUGUUCUUCGCGUUUGCGGCGUUCUUCAUCAUAACGUACUAUAUACCGAUUUGGUUUCAAGCCGUGAGGGGCGUGAGUGCGUAUCAAUCUGGGAUAAACAUGCUGGCAUUAUCAGCGGCGUUGAGUAUCACAGUUAUUUGCUCUGGAUUUGUGACUUCCAAGACGGGGUAUUAUGUUCCUCAGAUGAUUGGCUCGACUGUCAUUGCUAGCAUCGCCGUUGGGAUGGUGUACACGUUUGAUAGGGACACCACCGAUGAGUACUGGGUUGGUACACUCGUUCUCCUGGGCAUUGGUGUCGGCCUAGGUAUUCAGCAGCCGCUUAUCGCUGCGCAAACUGUCUUUGAACGCGCCGACAAUGCCAUCGCAACGUCUGUUCUCAUCUUUACGCAGAAUCUCACCGGCGCCAUAUUCCUCUCUGUAGGUGAGAAUGUGUUUCACAAUCAGAUCUUGCGGCAAGUUGGCCGGGCUGCACCGCAGGUUGAUGUGAGGGAGGUUAUUGGCGCUGGUGCUUCUACUCUUGGGGCGGUUAUGAGAGAAAAGUACCCUCCGUAUGCGGACGCAAUCUUGACGGCUUAUAAUACGGCUUUGCAGCAUGUCUUUAUUAUUCCGUUGGUGACGGCGUGUAUGAUGGUUUUUGGGGUGGUGUUUAUGGAGUGGAGGAGUGUGAAGAAGGCGAGACAGGCUGCUGCGGCAGCGGAUGCGGAAAGGCAGCAAAGUGGAUAG